AUGUAUAUUCAGAAGUACGAAGUCUCUUUGCUUAUAAAAGGCUUGUCAUGGUCUUUGUUUGUGCUCACCUCAUGUGUACUUGACAUUUCCCUUUCUUUCGUACAGAUUAAUAGUAAUCCAGUUGCUGCUGAGGCAACCAUUUUGUCGCUUCACCAAUCCCCACAGCCGUAUAAGGCGUGUAGAUAUAUUCUUGAAAAUUCUCAGGUGGCAAAUGCUAGGUUUCAAGCUGCUGCAGCUAUUCGAAAAUCAGCUAUCAGGGAAUGGAGCUUUCUUGCCACCGAUGAUAAAGGCGGCUUGAUUAGCUUCUGCCUUGGCUAUGUCAUGCAGCAUGCUAAUUCAUCCGAGGGAUAUGUGCUUUCAAAAGUAUCUUCUGUGGCUGCACAGCUGGCUUGAGUUUACUCCUGCCCAGAAGGAAGUCUUUUUCUAUCAGGUAUCUUCAUUAUUUUGUAAUUUUUCGUACUUUCAUUUUUAGUUUGAGUAGCAUUAGGUGCAUAUAUGUUGUUAUCUGAUACUGGCCAUAUGUUAUAGAAUUUUGUGAUUUGUAUAGUCUGAACGUUGGAAAAUACACAUAUAUAACAUCGAAUUCAAGUUACUC